AUCUCGUUAGACAAUAAGUCUGUUAUUAAAUGUUUUAAGGAAUUAAAGUUUCAUGAUCUUUUUCGACUACACAGGAAGAAGUGCAUAAUUAAUCAAUCCUUUUAUGCUUAAAAGGAUCAAUGUAAAUGGUGGAAACAUUUUAAACUGGAGUCACAGCACCUUAUCUUUAUUUUGGCAAAUUAAUUUGUUUAUUGCCAUCAUGCCCAGAAUCGACAUUUAUUCGAAAGUUAUUGAAUGGAAUUGGAUCAUUCAUUUCGAUCAUAAAUCUUGGUGGAAUUUUAUUAUCUUUCCUCGCAACUGCUUAUAAAAUGUUUCACGAAAAAAUUCUGGUCACGGAGAUUCUAGGAUUUGCUAUGAUUUACUUAGAGACAUUUUUAAACAUAAUAUUAUGGAAAGUCAAAAUGACAGCAUUUUAUAAAUUUUUGCAAGAAUUUGAAGAUUUCAUUAAAACUUCCAAAAGAAACGAACGAAAAGUAAUAGAUAAAUACUUCAACCGAUAUAGAUAUUUUUAUAUAUUUAUAGCAAUAUUCGCAACUAUAUCUUUCUUACUCCGUGUAAUAAUUGCACCAAUCCAAGGACGACAGAAACUCCCUUUUGCAAUUUAUUAUCCAUUUACAAUCAAACCAUAUUCUAGUCUACAUUAUCUGAUUUAUUUAUCACAAUCGAUAGCAUCAUUCCAAUGUUCCGCUCAAAUAAUAUUUCCAAUCACAAUUUCUAUGAUUAUGUUACAUGUGUCAAUGAAACUAGAACUACUUGCUGAUGAAAUUGAACAUGCAGAACAUUACAAUCAAUUGAUAAUAUGUAUACAGCAUCAUCAAGAAUGCAUUAAACUUGUAGAACGAAUAAACCGAGUAUUUGGUGCCCAUAUCAUGAAAUCCUACAUUAUUCCUGGAUUAUCGAUUAUUUUUGGAAGCAUGAAAUUCAUUUAUAAACCAGAUUUUUUCACCAUCGGAAGAUCUUUUCUAACAAUCACCAGUUGUUUGAUUGGAACCUACAUAUACAAUGGACCAGCAGAUGAUAUAUAUGAAAUGAGUCAAACAAUUGGCAAUUCAUUAUAUGGCAUGAAGUGGAGCAACGAUCUGAUAAAAAUGCAAAAAUCUGUAAUGAUUGUUAUUCAGCGAGUACAAAGGCCCUUAGCUAUUUCUCCUCUGAAGGGAUUAAUGCCAUCUCUGAAUCGAAAAAUUUAUACAUCGUUUUUAUCGUAUUUGAUAUCAUACGUGAUGACAUUACGAGCAGUCGUAAAUACUCAAGAAUAGAAAUUUAUUCAAAAAUACUACUUGCUGUCGGGAAAAGUAUCAAUUAUCGUUAAUUGUAAAUGUUUCUGAAUGGGUCAAGGUCAUAAAUAUUCAUAUUUAUAUUGAUAGCCACAAUUUUUAAGCUUCAAAAGUAGAAACUGUAAAGCUUGCAUUGCUUUUGGAUUUUAAUAUAUUGAAUUCUAGCAUAUUAUUACAAGUAUGAAAUUCUGGUCAGAAACAGUAUUUGGUUACCUUAUAAAUUUUGGAAAACUACUCUGUCUUUUACCUUUGGAUUCUGGAUCAUCAUUUACACUCAAAGUGCUAAAUAGAGUUGGAUGUUUUAUUGUAUUUAUCAAUGUCAUUGGCAUGGAAUUAUCUUUACUAUCAACCAUUUACAUAAAUUUUCACGACAAAAUAUUAGUGACCACACUUUUAAGUAUUGUGAUGUUAUUCUUGGAAUUACUUCUGAAUCUUUUAAUUUGGCAAUUCAAAAAAGCCAAAUUGCAAAAACUUUUGCAAGAAUUUAAAAAUUUUUUAUCAGCAUCAAAAGAACAUGAACGAGUUAUAAUUAAUUUAUAUUUCAACCAUUAUAAAUAUUUUUACACAUUGUUUUUUAUUUUUGCUUCUGGUACUGCUAUUAUACGAGUCAUAUUUGCACCAAUGCGACAAUCUCCGAAAAUUCCUCACGCAACUUAUUAUCCAUUUCCAAUUGAACAGCCUUCUGUCAUAUACUACAUGGUUUAUUUAUCACAAUCGAUAGCAUCAUUUUAUUGCGGGAUUCAGACAAUAUUUAUAAUAAUUACUGCUAUGAUGCUCACAUAUGCGGCAAUAAAAAUGAAAAUUCUAGUUUAUGAUUUUAAAAGAGUCGAGAACUGUAGUCAGCUGAAACUGUGGAUAUAUCAACAUUUGGAAUGUAUACGAUUCGUAAAUUAUAUAAAUGAAGUCUUAGGUUUUGUGAUCUUGAAAUCUUAUAUCUUUUUGGGAUUAACAAUUAUUUUUGGCACCAUGAAAUUCAUUUAUAAUCCUGAUUUGUAUACUAUUGCGAGAACUCCUCUAACAAUCCUCAGUUGUUUAAUUGGAACCUACAUAUACAAUGGACCAGCAGAUGAUAUAUAUGAAAUGAAUCACGCAAUAGGACAUAUGUUGUAUGACAUGGAAUGGAACAACGAACUGAUGAAAAUGAAGAAAGAUAUCAUAAUUGUUAUGAUCCGAAUUCAAAAACCAAUUUUCAUUUGUCCACUUAAAGGACUUAUGCCAGCUUUAAAUCGCAAAAUUUAUACCAAUUUUUUGUCGUACCUAAUAUCGUACAUCAUGACUCUACGUGCAAUCGUGAACACUCAGUAAUGACAUCCAUUAUUUUUAACGAUCCGUUUCUGCCUCUUGAAAUAUAGAACUAAUAUCAUUUGAUGUCUUGUAAUUAUAUCUUCCAAUUUUUUGUACAUACGAUUAUUGCUUAACAUUAAAGGCUCAUUUA